UUGUACUCAUGAAAAGUGCUGGACUUGUUGCGCUUUACUCACUUGAACUCGCAGCGUUUACUCAUUUGAACUGUUUACGUUUUAUGUUGAAACGCUCAGUCUUCGGUGUUAAGUUAGGGAACGUUGUAAAGUAAAAGCAAGGGGAAAUGUAGGUGAUUAGAAUGGGCUUUACAUUAGACUUUGUAUUGUUCUGACCACUGUGGAUUAUUGAGGGACGGCACUCACUGUGCACGACUUUUGGCAUCUAUAUCUACUAGGACUAUUUGGUGAUUAUAUUUAAUGAUCAAUUGGAAAAUGGGGAGUAAGACACUUCCGGCCCCCAUCCCACUGCAUCCGUCCCUACACCUUUCCAGCUAUUCUUUCUUACAGGCAGCAAGUAGGCAUACUUUAUCUCACCCUGCAGACCACCUUCAAGGUCUCUAUGGCUUUAGAAAGGUGCAGACAAUGCAAAUGAACCACUGGACUUUGGGCUACACUCACAUGCAGGAACUACGAUCAACCAACACUGGAAUGUCAGCUGCACAAGGCCUUGCGGAUCUUCAAUUCUCGCUCCCUGUGUUGCCCUUUACUGCACACUUCUUCCAUCCUAAACAAGGAACUAUAAGUCAAGUAAUUCCGACCCUACACAAAGAUAGACCCCGAUUUGACUUUGCUAACCUUGCCAUUGCAGCUACACAAGAGGACCAAUCUAAGACAGAUAACCUGCUGAAGCUUACAGCAGGUCUCGGAGGCCAUAGCUCAGACUUCAAUAAACUCUCACCACACAGAAAGCCCUCACGCGGAAGGCUACCAACGAAGACCAAAAAGGAAUUCAUAUGCAGAUUUUGUGGAAGAAAUUUUACGAAAUCCUACAACUUACUUAUACAUGAGCGCACACACACAGACGAAAGGCCUUACACCUGUGACAUCUGCCAAAAAGCUUUCAGAAGACAGGACCACCUCCGUGAUCACCGAUACAUCCACUCCAAGGAGAAACCGUUCAAAUGUCAAGAGUGUGGAAAGGGAUUUUGUCAAUCACGCACUUUGGCAGUUCAUAAAACUUUACAUAUGCAGGAGUCUCCUCACAAAUGCCCCACAUGCGGAAGAACCUUUAAUCAAAGAAGUAAUCUGAAAACUCACCUUCUUACCCAUACAGACAUCAAGCCCUACUCCUGUGAGCGCUGCGGAAAGGUGUUUCGGCGCAACUGUGACCUGCGACGCCAUAGUUUGACGCACACGCUUGACCAGGACUAGCAACUAGAAAAAAAAAGAAAAAAAAAUCCUCGUGGCACAUACGUGGAAAAAUUACCAACUGACAUUUGUGGGCAAAUUACUGCGUCAGAACUUGAGAUGGAGAAUAUACAUGGAAGAACAUCUCCAAAAGAAGAUGAAUAAAUACAUUAUAUAAACCGUUUUAAAAUGCUUGUUGCUGGAUGCUUGUUGAAUGAAAUGGAAAUAAAGUUUCAUGUCAAUGUA